UCGAUAAGCAGUAGUGUUAAACAGAUUUGUAAAAUUACGUACACACAUACAUACACUUGUAUGUAUUUAAUGUUGAAGGAAAAACAAUAAGAGGCCCUUUUAUUUGUUGGUAGAUCGGAAUACGGUUUAAAUGAUACGCGAAUUGCAUAGUGCUUCUACUACUGCUCAGGAUACUCGUGUCAGCUGCUUUUGACAAUCUGUAUUCCAACAUCAAUCAGUUUUCUCAGGCAUCAAAUACGAUUAAGAAAGCAGAAAAACUAUUCCCAGAAUGACGAGCAAGCAUAUUUACUCAACCACAAAUUUAUCUGACCUGCAAUUGAAAGAGCAGGGCAAUUGUUUAUUUGCGACUCGCAAAUAUGACGAUGCCAUUAUAUGUUACUCCAAGGCCAUUAUUAAAAAUCCAACAAAUGCAACAUAUUUCACAAAUCGUGCCCUUUGCAAUUUAAAGCUCAAGCGAUGGGAGCUCUGCUGUCAGGAUUGUCGACGUGCCUUGGAUAUCGAUGGUAAUCUGCUAAAGGGACACUUUUUCUUGGGCCAGGGCCUCAUGGAGAUCGACAAUUAUGAUGAGGCUAUUAAGCAUCUACAACGAGCUUAUGAUUUGUCCAAGGAACAGAAGCAAAACUUUGGAGAUGAUAUAACAUUGCAAUUACGAUUGGCACGCAAAAAACGUUGGAACGUUAUGGAAGAAAAACGAAUACUCCAGGAAAUCGAGCUGCAAAGCUAUUUGAAUCGCCUAGUUAAAGAUGAUAUGGAAAACCGGUUGGCCCAGUUAAAAUUGAACGAAAAUUUAAAUGAAGAUCACCUAAAAGACAAACAGCAGGAAAUUGAACAAGAAUGUGAUGAUCACAUCAAAGAGCUUAACAACAUAUUCGCAAAAGUAGAUGAACGUCGAAGGAAACGCGAUGUUCCCGACUUCCUGUGUGGGAAAAUAAGCUUUGAAAUUUUAACAGAUCCUGUGAUUACCCCAUCGGGAAUCACCUAUGAGCGUAAGGACAUUGAGGAGCAUUUGCAGCGUGUUGGUCAUUUUGAUCCUGUGACACGAGUAAAACUUACACAGGAUCAGUUAAUACCAAAUUUUUCAAUGAAAGAAGUUGUCGACUCAUUCAUUGCCGAGAAUGAAUGGUCUUUAGAUUAUUAAGUUGUUUGUCGUUGUUGUUGUUAUUAUAAUAUGAACAACACAAAGAUUAUGUAAAUGUAUAUUGUAACUACUAAAUAGCUGUUGAAUGCAGUUAAAUAUAAAACUUCAUGAAUUA